AUGGCACUUAGUUCGUUUAUUGGUGCCACAUUCGAUUUCGAUCCGCCAGUGCUCUGCACGUUCUCCAUUUCGUUCGGUGGAUUUCCCCCGAUUUUCGAAAUCACGUCACGUGAAGGAAACAUUUUGAGGAUCAGCGAGAGCGUACACUUGGAUUUUAAACGGUGUCAUGAAAAAGACAAGCAAACGCUUGGAUUUCUUAAUAACUUUGAGGCAAAGGAUGUGCGGUACAUUACCAUUGAUGGAUUCUCGGGUAAUAUUUGGACCAUCACACCACCGUCGCAUAGCACGUUACGUGAGAAACUUGCUGACUCUAAGUCUGAUCUGUUGUUACACUUCCACAUGCGAUGCCGUCGCCAUACAAAAGAGAUUCAAACGGGUCAAACCUCCGUGGAAGAUAUCUUCUCACGUCGUUUGGGUUCAAACGAAAAACACCAGUUACUGCGUGUUCUGAAUCAGUCCACUUCUUCCUGGUGGGAGCUCAAGGAGCGCGAGGGGCCAGAGCCGGUAGAUCCGUGCUUUGAAGUGCGGCGCGGAUCUGUGCUCGGUUCAAAACAACGAGCGGCGGCCAAAGUUCUCUCCAUUGUCACGUACAACGAGCGUGUUUCAGACAGCCUUUUUGGAAAGGUUUUCAGCAACUACGGGAUUAUCGGUAUGUACGCAGCCUACAUCUUUUUGGCUAACCGGUUACUUCGAACUAUCUACAGCAACAUCUCGUACGUGAUUUGUUUGGAAGAACUGCCACGUGUCGAUCGGAUUCUCAAUUUGUGUAACGAAAUCUAUCUUGUUCGAGAGAAUAAUUUGCUCCGUCUGGAAGAACAAUUGGUUGCUAAACUAUUCUUUUUGUACCGAUCCUCAGAAACAAUGAUCAAGUGGACCAGACAUCCGAAACACAUUAUUGAUAAAUUCACAGACAAGCCCGAACUAUCAGCACCGCCACCACCACCACCACCAACACCACCACCACCACCACCACCACGAGACUCACGGUCGGAGCCUAAUCCCGAUGAGCCAAACAAUAUAUCGGAGCGUCGUACUUCACACGGCGCCGGGAUGACUGAGACGUUUGGAGAAAAUCAAUCUGGUUGGAAUCAGUAUACAGAUCGUGCUCGGUUCUUGUCUUCGCCGCCCGUCACCAACCCAGUCGUGCGCCUCCGAGCCAGGCGAAGCAUUGUUGACUCCCCCGGGGAUAACACUGAAGGAAACGAAACUCGUCGACGUACCGUACGAGGUGCAUGCGGUCACAGUCGACAAAGUAGACAAGAUGCGGAAAAUAGCUAUCCUACGUCCUUAAUUACUCGACCAACAGACACUAGCCGACCUGAUACACGAAAACCAUCUAGAUAA